AUGGCAGAGAUAAAAACCACUACACACGUUUACAAAACUGUGAACGGGCUAGAGCUCACUAUUGAUGUUUCCACUCCUGCUACAGCUCAAGCCAACAAUAUUGCCCUUAUUCAUUUUCAUGGAGGAUUCUUGCUAUUUGGAGACAAGACUUCGUUUCCGCCUUACUGGUUAAUUAACGUAUGCAAAAAGAGAGGCUGGACAUAUGCAACUGCUUCAUACCGGCUACUUCCAGAAGCUAAAGGCCACGAUAUUCUCGAAGAUUCCUUGGAUGCUGUUCGCUGGGUCUAUAACAACAUCUCGCGUCGAAUCAUCAUAGCCGGCUCCAGCGCCGGAGGCCAUGUGGCAUUCACAACAGCAGCCAGUCCUCUGUGUCCAAAGCCUCUCGCACUGCUAUGCGUUUACGGCAUGAUUGACUUUUUGAACGGUCGAUAUGUUCAUCCUGGGCGGCUUCUAAGGGGAGGUAUUCCCAACGAAGACGAAAUCUUGAAAGAGAUUGAUGCAGCUAUACAAGGUGCUAAAGUAAUUGACGGGUAUCCCAUCCCACCUGACUUGGAGGCAAGUCAACGAUUCAAAUGGUCUUCUGUGAUGCAUCAGGCGGCGCGAUAUAUCGACGUCCUUACCCAUUCUCCUGGGUUGACGGAAAAGAUUGCAAAGGAGGGUGUUCAAGUAAUACCCGAGGAGCAUCGGCCACUGUUUCCAGCAACAUUUGGCUUAAAUGCAAACUUUCCCCCGACUAUUCUCAUGCACGGAGAUGCAGAUGAUUUAGUCGACUUUGAGUUGAGUUCUUCCGUUGCUACAAAGCUCCAAAAUGCGGGGGUCAAUGUUCAUUUUGAACGCGUCGCCGGCCAAGGCCAUGGCUUUGACUGCACAGAGAAUAUCGACUUGGAUGCUGAGAAGAAUGUGGAAGAUCGAGAUGGAACGCGAGAAAUUCUUAAACGGAUUGUUGAGCUACUUGAACGUUACACCAGGGAUAACUGA